AUGUGCACAUGUUUGCAGUCAGAAAUAAAACUAUUAAUAGUGGCAGAUGUGAGAGGAAGUGCAGUAGUUUGCAACGACAGAUGUGGCUGCCCUUCACCUUGCCCCGGCGGUCUAGCUUGCAGCUGCACAGGCAAGGAGGGGAAUGAGUGUGAGCACAAUAGGUGCUUGUGUGGGGAGCACUGCGGCUGCAAUCCAUGCAGUCGCAGCAAGACUGAAGUACUUGGAACAGAGAAGGCAUUUUGUAAAUGUGGUACUGGUAGUGCGUGUCCCGCUUGUGCUGCCUGAAACAAUGGAGGGAUUUGUUGUUGUCUCUUGUGAAGUAAGAUAUAGCUAGCGAGCUAGCUGAGUAUGUGUUUCAAUGUCAUCAAAGGCUUGUUCAGAACGUUUUAGCUUGAAAAAUGUCAAUGAAUAUGAAUAACACAUCAAUCAAAUAGAGCUUGUGUUAUAAUUUGUUUACUGUCA